AUGAAGCGUUUGCGGGCCCUGCAUGGGAUGAGCCUUGCUUUGGCAUUGUGUUUCAUUCAGGCCACCGGCGAGCAAAGUAUGAUCUCUAAGUUGCACGCUAGCUCUCAAUCUGCAGCAGAAGCUGCAAAUGAAUUGCAGCACAUCCUGCAGAGUGGGAAAAUGAGCAUUCCAUUGAGCUUGCAGGCCAUCCAGACAACCCUUGUGAAGAUGGGGCAUGAAGUCAGCAACAGCAGUGCUGUGACGACAUCUGACUUUGCCAAAAGCAUUGAGCCGUUGCUCUUCUCUAUGCAAGAUACAAUCCGCAGCCAAAACAAAUUGACCCAGCAGACUCUUGACAAUUCUUGGACCACUUUCACUGCUUGCAGCUUUGACUUCUCAGGUCCAAGUGGCUUAGGAGAUGUGGCAGCACUGGAAAACUCUCAUACGACUUGCCGAGUCGAAGAAGGCAUGAGGAAGACAGCAUUGGAUGCUUGCCGCAUCGUUCAGAGCAACAAGGAGUCAGCUCUUGCAGAUGCAAAGAAAGACUUUCACGGAGAUGAUGCCAACGGUGCAAAGGGGAAAAAUGCGCUCCCUGAGGCAAACUCAUGUGAUUUUGAGCAAGUUGGAGCAACUUGGACAUCUCCCAAGGAAUACUUAGAGUAUUUUGAGAAUCAUUUCGGAACCCUUCUGAGUGAUUGGCGAGCCUCUCGAGAUUUGGUGAUUAAGUCCCAGAACGAGACGAAUAUGCAGACAGCUCUUUGCAAUGCCAAGGAGGCCAAUUGGACCAAUCAGAAAGGAGAUUGUGCAGAGUUCCAGAAGGCUUUGGAGAAUGCAGCCUGUGACAUUCUCACACACAAUACAGCUUGCAGAAGUUAUACUGGCUGCUACAACAGGGAGUGGCACGCGUAUGGGGAAUCCCAGAAGUUGACAAAAACCCAAGAAGCAGAGCAAGAAGCAGAAAUGAUGGGAACCCUGAAAAUCCUGUGCAUGAUCCGCGCCUUUGGUCAGCCCGACCUCAAUCAGAAGAUAGACAGAUGCCUUGAAACAGAUUACAGCACAACCACUGAGGUCACGUCCUUGAAGAUUACCUACUACCCAAACUCCAAAGAUGCUAUGCCGACUGACCAGCGCCCUACUUGUGCAUCGGCUUUCAAAGCAUCCAUGAUUCCCGGCACCAAGAGCUUUGAGAACACCCACUACUCAAGCUUGCCUGCAAAUGCUCCUUUUGGAGCUUGCUCAGCGGCAUGCUGUGGAUAUGCAGAGCCAACUUGUGUCAAUUAUGGUUGCAGUGCCAAAUAUGUUAAGACACAGUUGUGCCAAUGCAAUCCUGGGUGUGAGCUUCAUGGCGACUGCUGCUGGGAUUACUAUGACAAGUGCAAUGUGACUUCGGCAGAAUACACAAUCAUUCUGAACGAAGUGGCUUUCAAUGGCCGUCCUGGUACUUGUGAGGGUGCAGACUGGAUUGAACUCUACAAUGCGGCCUUUGCUGCUAAAGACAUCAAUGGCUGGAGUCUGCAAGUUGAAAAGCCCGAUGAAAAGAACCCUGGUUCAACCGUCCAGUAUGACAUUGCGUUUGACACAAGUCAGACAAUUGAGCCUGCAUCUUUGUUAGUUGUGUGUGCGAAGCCUGGUGGUUUGACAGACCAAUCACUUCCAAACAUUGAGAUUGAGUUCGAGCCAGGGAACAAGAUUACAUGGAUGGACAAGGAUGGCAAUGUGAUCUCAAGCACCACCAUUGAAGGCAGCACUGGAACAACAAACACAUGGGCUCGCCUAGCCGAUGGAAAGUUUGGCUUGAAAGAGCCCACACCUGGAUCCCCAAACAAGUGA